GAGAGCAUGGAGCGCCCGGAGCCCGAGCUGAUCCGGCAAAGCUGGCGGGCAGUGAACCGCAGCCCGCUGGAGCACGGCACCGUCCUGUUCGCCAGGCUGUUUGCCCUCGAGCCCGACCUGCUGCCCCUCUUCCAGUACAACGGCCGCCAGUUCUCCAGCCCCGAAGACUGCCUCUCCUCCCCCGAGUUUCUGGACCACAUCAGGAAGGUGAUGCUUGUGAUCGACACUGCAGUGACCAAGGUGGAGGACUUGUCCUCGCUGGAAGAGUACCUCGCUGGCUUGGGCAAGAAGCACCGGGCAGUGGGUGUGAAGCUCAGCUCCUUCUCGACGGUGGGCGAAUCCUUGCUCUACAUGCUGGAGAGGUGCCUGGGCCCCGCCUUCACUCCAGCCAUACGGGCCGCCUGGAGCCAGCUGUACGGGGCCGUGGUGCAGGCCAUGAGUCGAGGCUGGGACGGCGAGUAAGAGAUGACCCCUGCCCAGCGGCUCCCAGCUGUCUGUGUCUGUCUGUCUGCCUGUGUCCCGUGUAGCCCAGGUCCCCUAGGCCUCCCUGCAUCUUGACCCCUUGGUCAUUCUGAAGGAGGAAGGCCAGGUCUCAGUUCCUCCCACCCUAGAACUGCAGAAGGAACUGCUGGGCGCCCCUCAUCCCCACAGGCCCUUUCCUACCACCUCUGUACCUCACUGGCAUCCCUACUGCCCAUGAAUAGGAGCACUUUUGGUCAGAGGUGGCGUGGAACUGGGAAAGGGGAUGCUUUGAGAGCACAGGACACUUCUCAGGUGACCUGGGUCAAGGUGGGCGAAGAUGGCUGCAGACUCAGGAGUUGAGAACUCCUCAUUCAGGGAUUCUACUGGGAGCCCCCCCAUAUUGCUCUAUAGGACGAGCAGUCAGGCUGGCCGCAUCCCUAGAGAGACCUGAGUCCCAGGCUCUUCCUCACCACCCCGCAGAGCUGAGUCUCACCUCUGCACCUGCUUCUGCUCCCUGCUCGGGCUGUGGGCCCACGGCUUCUAUCACCCACGCAUGCCCUUCCUCGGCAGAUGGGCAGGUGAGAAAGCAGCAGGAGAGGCCCUCUGCCCACGCCCUGCCUGCGUUUGCUCUGUGUUGUGGUUCUAGAAACUCACAAGGAAUAAACUUGUUCUAUGUGCUGCUCUGA